CCCUCUCGAGUCGCGACUUCUGUUCACCGAGCAUUCAUCCUCUCCGUUUAACACGUUUAUGUUCUGAGCUCUCGAAAACAGUUGGAGUGUUCCAGAUAUGCAAGAUUUAUAGGUCCAACAAUUUCUUUUAGGGUUCGGAUCCAGUAUCGAGUUGAACGAAAGCGAUGAGUUUUUUAGGUAGCUCCGGAGACCCAUCGGAUAGUUAUUCUGAUCGAUGUUCCAAGUGGAUCCCCUGUCUCUCUGAUCCCCCUAAAAGAUCUGCGUUAUGUAUGCAACUGAUGCUGGUGGUGCUUCAUCUUGUAUUCCUCGGUUUUCUUUUCAUCUUCGACAGUGAAUUCAUGGAGAAAUUGAAAACACUGUCUUGGUCCACAAUUUGCUAUUUAUUGUUAUUUGUGGCCACCAUAGUUCAGUAUCUUUAUACAUCUGGUUCUUCUCCUGGGUAUGUGCUUGAUGCAAUGAGAGAAUUUGCUAGGGCAGAAGCCUCAUUAAGGGCAUCAGAGACUUCAAACAAAGACAACCUGCUUCAAGCAAAAAAUGACAGUGUAGUUGUGACAUUUGAUGGAAAUCAGAGGGGUGAAAACAUUUUAGGGAAUAAUAGAAUGAACUGGACAAAGAUGGUGAUGGAUUUGUAUCCAAGUGGGACAGCUGUCAGGACUUGCACAUGCACUUUCUGUAAUGUUGUGCAGCCUCCAAGAACAAAGCAUUGUCAUGAUUGUGAAAAAUGUGUUCUUCAGUUUGAUCAUCAUUGUGUUUGGUUGGGAACAUGUGUAGGACAAGGCAACCAUUGUCGAUUUUGGUGGUAUAUAUUUGAGGAAUUUGCUUUAUGCAUCUGGACUGGAAUAUGGUACAUUAAUUACCUCAAUGAUCAUGUUAAAGACUCAUGGGUGAAGGAUAUAUUCGUAAUUAUAAUGCUAGCUAUAUUGGCAAUUUCACUGAUAUUUCUCUUUCUCCUUCUCGUAUUCCAUACUUAUUUAAUCAUGACAAAUCAAACUACAUAUGAGCUGGUGAGACGAAGACGUAUACACUACAUGAGAUCGAUUCCUGAAAGGGUUCAUCCAUUCAGUAAAGGCGUGUGCAGAAACUUGUAUGAUUUUUGUUGUGCAAGAACAAGCAAUUACAGAAUGGAAGCAUUACCUUUUUCACAGGGAGUAGAUCAAAUGUCAAUACCAUAGACAUGUUUCUGGAUAUUUUAUUUUGUAAAUGUUGCUCUGAUUAUAUUUAUAUGCUGGAUUAGUUUGCUGUGAUAUAUUGUACUAUAGACACUAUUUUUGUGACUUCGUUUUUUUUUCUUUCUUUCUGAUUCUUGAUUUGUUGUGUAUGAUACAUUCUUCUGUGAAGCGACUUGAUCAUUUCUUUACCCAUAA